GACAGAAACAUCUGAUCGAAUAUAAUUAUAUCAAUACAUAUUGUUUUAUACUUUAUUUCUCAAUACAAGCUUAGAUUUUUUCUUCAAAUGCCAUGAUUCGAGAAGACGAUCCCCAGUUUCGUAUAACUCCUUUUCAACAGAUGGCAUCAGCAUGUUCUGGUGCAUUAAUAACCUCCUUGUUUAUGACUCCAUUGGAUGUAGUAAAAAUAAGGUUACAAGCACAACAGAAGGCUUUAUUAUCAAAUAAAUGUUAUUUGUAUUGCAAUGGUUUAAUGGAACAUCUUUGUCCAUGCGGGGAAACUGCAUGGAUACCUAGACGAGUUCAUUUUCAUGGAACGAUGGAUGCUUUUUACAAAAUUGCUAAAUUUGAAGGGGUACCAGCAUUGUGGUCCGGCCUCAGUCCUACACUAAUUCUUGCUCUUCCAUGUACUGUAAUUUAUUUUGUCUCAUAUGAACAACUGAGAUUUCGGAUGAAAAAUUUUUAUAACAACAUUACUGGCAAUAGUGGCCAACCUAUGUGGAUUCCGAUGAUAGCAGGUGGUACGGCAAGAAUAACCGCUGUGACUCUUUUCAGCCCAUUAGAAUUAAUUAGGACAAAAAUGCAAUCUAAAAGCUUGACUUAUUCUGAAAUUACUUUAGCCUUACGCCAAGUUUUAAAAUAUGAGGGAUAUCGAGGAUUGUUUCGUGGAUUAGGGUCUACAUUAUUAAGAGAUGUGCCAUUCUCGGGAAUAUAUUGGUCCACAUUUGAAACUACGAAAAGGGUAUUCAACAAACCAGAGUCAGAAAAAAAUUCAUUCAUUUUCAACUUUUUCUGUGGAUCUGUAGCUGGCAGUAUUGCAGCUUUUAUAACUUUGCCAUUUGAUGUUGUAAAAACUCACCAACAAAUAGAAUUAGGGGAAAAAGAAAUUUACACAGAUGGUAAGGUGCAUCAAAGAGCAUCAAAUAUGAAAGACAUAGCAAAGACUAUUUAUAAUAAUCAUGGUGUUAGAGGGCUAUUCACUGGCUUGUUACCUCGAAUAUUUAAGGUUGCUCCAGCAUGUGCUAUCAUGAUCGCAACAUUUGAAUAUGGAAAACAGUUCUUCCAAAAAUACAAUACACAAAAAUAUAAGGAGAAAAUGCAAAGACAUGGAAUAGACAUUAAGAUAAUUAAAUCUGAUUAACUUGAUCACACAAUUUUAAAUCUGUUGCUUAGGCAUCAUGACAUAGUACUAAUGAGCCAGCCAUCAAGUAAUAAUGAAUAUACUUCUUUAUAAGGAGCUUGACAUAAAAAAAAAGUGCUAUGAACUAUUGGGAUGGUUAAACGGUUUUUAGGAAUUGUACUUGAUUACUUUUAGAUUCAAAUUAAUUAACUUCAUCCAGUAGAUCACUUUAAGUAUCACUUAAAUCUAUAUACAACUUUUAUGUUAUGAAUUCAUUUUCAUUAAUUGAAUUUUAUUUGUUGUAUUCAUAUGACUUUUGUAAAAGUAAAACUAAAUGAUUUAAAUUAUAUCAU